AUGUUGACUCGAUCUCCAGCUCACCCACGGUCUUCCAAUGCGUCGCCCAGCUUCCACGGCUUCCACUAUGCGCCCGCACUACCAUCACACCACUCGUCCCCGUCCCGGCUUUCCGUCGCUGUUCAGCGGCGCCCGUCCGCAUCCUCGUCGAUCGCCGGUCCCGGCUCUGGCCCCGCCUCGAGCUCCGGCUUCGGCCCGCCGCCCGAGUUGGGCUCCACCCCAGCUACACCACCUACGGUAGCGGCGGCGGCGGCGGCACCAGUCCAAGGAGCAGCAGUCCCGGCGGCGGUAUCCCCGACUCAUAGCGCCUCGCACCCCUCGGCCGCGCCCUCGAAGAGCCGCUAUGUGGCAGUCGACGCCGCGACCCAGUACUCGCCUAUGGAGCCUAUCAACUACCUGGCCACCCUACAUGCGAAGCAAAACUUGCACACCAUCCCGACUGAUCUACCGCCCACGCCGGGCCCGAAGCCGAUGACGCCUGGAAUAGAACAGGGCGUCGAGGUCCCGGCGCCCACUCCUGUAUCCUCACACACCUCGGGCGCGACGGAAAAUGGCGCGACACCCACGGCGCCAGCGUCUCGUAUUGACACUACCCCGGCUGUGUCCGCCGCCGCCGCCAAGGCCAUCAUGUCUCCCGGCAAGAGACGAAACUCUCAGACCGUCGCAUCUGCGAGUGACGACCCUGCCACGCAAAGCCCCAUCAUCCGACCCAAGCGGGCAAAAUCCGAAAAGGCCCCGCUAAAAGUUUUACCAGAGAGAUAUGAGCUGUGCCUAACCGAGGACAUCGUGGUGCUCAUCGCACACAUGCUUGGGGAACUUAUAGAGACCAAUGAUGCGCUUGCGCUGAAGUCUGGGCACCUGACAAGGUUCCAUUCAAGGACCGCACCAGGAAUUUCGGUGUUGGAAUACCUCCACAGGCUGGCCAAACACGCCACACUGUCGCCGCCGCUUCUGCUAUCGAUGGUCUACUACAUCGACCGGCUCUGUGCGCUCUACCCCGACUUCACGAUCAACACGCUGACCGUGCACCGGUUCCUGAUAACUGCGGCAACAGUGGCCGCCAAGGGCCUAUCGGACCUCUUCUGGAAUAACACAACCUAUGCGCGCGUGGGGGGAGUCCGAGUCGCCGAGCUGAAGUUGCUGGAGCUGGAGUUUCUCUACCGGGUGGACUGGAAGAUCGUCCCCAACCCGGAGGUGCUCGUGGCUUACUAUAAGGGGCUGAUUGAGCGGUGUCCUGGCUACGUGCUGCAGGGCGAACAGUCGCCCGAGGUUGAGGACGACGACGACGAGAUAGACGACGACGAAGACAUAGAUGGCGACCUCGAGGAUGACGAGGAACGCUGA